AAAAUACUUUCCUGUGUCUCUGUGUAGUGUAUCCUGCUGAGGAUGACUCCUGAUCCUGCAAUAUCCAAGUUAAUAAUAAGCUCUCCAGUAAUAGUGCAGCACAACACUUCUCCCUGUGCUGACCUUUUAUUAAAAUGUGGAGAUGGCUAUUGUGGUGCUUGUGCAAAAGUGUAUUUGUGGGCUAUACACAUGUGAUUUGAAGCCUUUAAAUGACCCAGAUAGUCUUAAUAAACAAAAUGAAAAACAGUCCACAUGCACAGAACACAUGCACAGGAUUAAUGCAACACACAAAGCCAGAAUAAAAUCACAGAAUGUGCUUGGAUCAUGUCAGCUAAUAGUGUACAGUCUAUUUGUGACCUUCAGCACAGAUCAUCACUGUCUGCAUGCCAAACAUGACAGAAUUUUACUCUAAAAUAACAACAGUGCUCAUUGUAUUCUGUUUUCCAGUCUUUUCAAGUCUUCUGCAGGGACUUAAAGUGCACUUGGGAUCAUGCAUUUCACACAUGAAAGUGCAAUAUGACUGUGUUUAAGCUAAUUGAGCAUGUUUUGCCAUAUAACUAGAGCAUGAGAGAAAGCAAAGCGCGCCCUCGCUCAGACGUGCACGCGCGUGAAGGUGGCACGGCGUCAGCUCGCGCGCUGCGUGCGUCACGGAUCCCGGAGGCGCGCGGGCAGCAGCAGGGACACCACAGCGUCAGUGCCAUGGAGCCGCAGCCCAGCGUCCGUACAGAGCCCGAGCCCGGCAUGUUCCACCCCGCCGGCCGGAGAGACGCGCUGUGUGAGCGGGACGAGCAGGAGAAGCUGUCCGGUGUGGUGAAACGCGUCCACCGAAAACUGCGGAGGAAAUAUAUAGAAGUGGGCGACUUUGAUAAGAUCUGGCGUGAGCACUGCGAGGACGAGCAGACGCUGAACGAAUAUGCCUUUGCCAUGAAGAGUCUCGCCGACAACCACUGGGCCAAGAAAUGUGAUGGAGAGGGACGCAUCGAGUGGUGCCGCAGUGUUUGUCAGGAGUACUUUAUGGAUGGUGGAAUGAAGAAGAUGUUGGAGAAGGAUGCGAAGGCUGUGAAACAUGCUGCAGCUGCAAGUGGGACACCUUUAAAUCCAGACUCCUCUCAGCCCAGUUUAAGCUUCAGAAACGACAAGCUUCGUCUACUUGAUGUGGGUAGUUGUUUCAAUCCCUUCUUAAAGUUUGAUGAGUUCCUCACAGUAGGAAUCGACAUAGUGCCUGCGGUUGAGAGUGUGUACAAGUGUGACUUCCUGAACCUGCAGCUCCAGCGGCCCUUGCAGCUAGCGAGCGAUGCUCUCAAUGCGUUCUUGCGCCAACUGCGUGACCCUAUCGAGACUCUGCCUGGGCAGCUCUUUCACGUGGUGGUGUUCUCCUUAUUGCUCUCCUACUUCCCCUCACCGUAUCAGCGCUGGCUGUGCUGCAAGAAAGCCCACGAGCUACUCACACUGCACGGUCUUCUCCUGAUCAUCACACCUGACUCGUCACAUCAGGGUCGCCACGCACUCAUGAUGCGCAGCUGGCGCGUGGCCAUCGAGUCCCUAGGUUUCAGGCGCUACAAAUACGUCAAAUUCUCCCACAUGCACAUGCUCGCCUUCCGCAAGGUCUCCAUCACCACCAGCAGCGACCUAGUGAGUCACAACUACCCCGAGAUGCUGUACAUCCCGCAGGAUUUCGGCACGCUCGAUGAAGAUGACGCGUUCAGGGACUCGUGCCAGCCAGCACGCUCUGACUCUGAGGAUGAGCAGCUGGCGCGGAGUUUCACCGAGCUCCCUGAGGCGUCCUAUGACUCCGACUCGGGCGAGAGUCAAAGCGGCUCGGCGCCAUUCCAUGAACUGGAGGACCCUAUUCUACUGUACAGCUGAAGCCCAAUCUGUUUGCCCAGCAUUGCUGCCUCACAGCCGUGUUGGCAAAUUAACACCAGGCUUUCUUACCCUUAAUGCUUUUUACAAGAAGGCUCCCAGCUCUUUUACUCCUGCUUCUUUUUACGUGAAAUGAUGCAGUUUGCACAGUUUAUACAGAUGAACAUGUCACGUGCCAUGGAAAGCUGGGCAAGUCCAUCUCUCCCAUGUUGCUAUGUGACACCAUGACAAUCAGGCUUCUGAUGUAGAUGAGUAGCUAUCACUCUUCAUUUGUGCUCAUAAAUAAAAGCCUUUAAUGUUGCUGGUGCUAAGGUGACAUGGGAGAGACACGGCGUACGUUAAAUUAAGAGAGAAAGGAUGUUUACACUUGGGUGGUGUUGAGCUUUUUUAAUGGGUAAAAAGAGACAGCGUUUUACACGUUUAAACAUAUCCAGACAGUGGUGAGACACUGGUUGUAGUUUUGCGAUUGAAACGGGUUGAUUUGAUGAGUAAAGCAGCUGAGCGAGCUCAGGAUUUGCGUGCUGUUAUUCAGUGCUUCUUUAUCAUAUGAUGCGAUUUGGAGAGAAUUUUUCAAGAAGAUCUUUUCAAGCAACAAAUAACUUUUUGUAUUGUAGACUUGCACACUGUCGUUGGCUAAGAAUACAAUAGUUUAACUAGUUAUUGUGCAGAAUUUAUUAAGCAUCAUUUAAUCUCUUCAUGUUCAGUUAGCUGCUGUAGAAUGCACUCCUUGUAGAAUUUUAAACUCUGAAGUGAUAUUUGUAGCAUUUUAUGUGUUUAACAACUCUGUAUUGCGCUUGUGUGACAUUGAGACUGUAGGUGUUUUUUCUAAAGGUUUGCUUUACAUGGUACGGUUUAUACAAAGUUGUUGUUGUAAUAAGAACAAUUUGAGAAGACUAGAUGAGAGGUAGGUGUGGGUUUUUACGGGGAGUUUGUAUGGUGGUUGUUACUAACUUUAUUUUGCGAGCGAAAGUGCAAAGAGCAUAUUUUAGCUGUGAACUUAUUUCUGUAAGGUAACAGAAUAAACAUAACCAGUAGACGUCUGCCUUUGAUUCAAUGCACAUGUAGUUGGAAAAAAAAAAAGUUUGCCAUAGCUUUACUGAAUAUUGAAUGGUUUGUUUCUUUCAAUUUCAAUUUUUAAGGCAAACUCCAAUUUUCAAACGUCUUAAGCUGUUUGCGCUGUUAUUUACUGUAUAACUGAAUUACAUCUUUAGCUUUUACAUAUAUACACUGAGCAUUUCUUGCUAAAAAAACAAAACAAAUGAAACAGGUUCGAAGAAUACUUCAAACCUUUGAAAGUGUUUUUGGAUGAUUAACCUCAGUGAGGUUUUUCUCAUAUCAUAUGUUUAUUUGUACCAAGUGCUUUACAUCCUCUUUGUAUUUCACUGUGAAAUGGGCAGUUUCCUUCGCUGCAGCAGUUGCACUUGUUUAAGAACACUCUCUUUGGAGACCUUUAAUAAGAGCGCCUUAUUUUUCACAAGAGUCACAAAAAAUCAUUUCACAUGCGAAAGUUGUGCAUUAUUACAAAACACAUUCUUAUCCUGGCAUUCUUAUCCAUCUUUUCAUUUGCAACAGUGCACCUGAGUACACAAAUAUAAAAACUCUUAUUAAUCUACCCAAAGUGAGUCAAUCUUAAAGCUUUGUUUGAGUGGUUGUAUAUACAAUUGCAGUCUGACACAUUUUUGAAAACACAAGUCACUUUUGAGGGUGCUAGAGAAAUUUUGAUUCUUGUUGAGGGUUUUUUUUUUUUUUUUUUCUCUUCUGUAAGUGUGUCAGUAGUGAAGGACCACACUGGAACUCUGGUUCUGUCUUUUAAUACAAAAUCAGUUCGAAAAACUGGUGCCUUUUCUCCCAAACUGUAUUUUUACAACCUAAAGACUGGAAUAAAGAAAAAAUGUGGUUUGCUGCAUGACGAUGGACAAAUCCUUGAAUCGGGCCGAAGCCAAACUCACCUUUUAAAGAAAUGUCUGGCUCUUAAGCAGCACCACUUAAUACUGUCACUUUAAUUGCAUUAGCAAUAGUAUUAUAGGCUUUCUGUUAAGAGUUCAUUAGAAUAUUGGACAUUUUACAACAAAGAUCUUUUUUGUGCUAUUAUGUGACAUGGUACAUUGUCCUUCUUUGGUCCUACGCGCAUGGAUAGUUUCUCUUUGGUGUUGGAGUUAAGGACUAUCAGUGUGGAUUUUCUUUUUUCUUUUUGGCAACCUGCUCAACCUUUAUAAAUGAGUGUGUUGUCUACACAUGCAAAAUGUUAAUAAAAAAAUACAUAAAUCUGA